AUGCCGCUUCGCCCGCCUGCCUGCCCGCCCGCGGCUUCCGCUCCUCUCCCCUCCUGGCCGCUGGAGGCCGAGCGUUUCUGCGCCAGGGCCCCGCAAGGUCGCCUGCAGCUGCCUCCCGGACCCCCGUGGGGCGAGGAGGAGGAGGAGGAGGAGGAGGAGGAGGAAGGCUGCCUGCCUUCGCAGACGGGGCCUCCCUCGCCUGGCCUGGCCUGGCCUGCGGGCCGAAUGGAGGGGGAGAGGGGGAGCCUUGGCGGCCUCGCAGCCGAGGAUCUGGCCAUUACCUCCUAUAGUGACCUGGCUCGCCCCGUCAGUCCCAGCCGCCCCCGGGAGUCCCUGGGCCCCUCUCCAGGCGCAACGCGGGCCGCCCUGGGUGGCCUGGAUCCAAGUCUUGAAUGGAACUCCUUGGGUGCGCCUGAUGCUAAGAGUGCUGCUUGGGUGUCUAACUGGCUCCGUAUCUUGUGUGCACAGAUAACCACUCUCAUCAACCAUAAGGACAAACCGAAGCGGUCAGACAAGACUCUGAAAGCGAUCCAGCAAGUGGGCCAAGCUGUCAACCUGGCGGUCGGGAGAUUUGUCACAGUGGGAGAAGCGAUCGCCAAUGAAAACCAGGAGCUGAAAGAGGAAAUGAAUGUUGCCUGCAUUGAAGCAAAGCGAGCAGGGGAGACGAUCGCUCAGCUCACGGACAUAGCAGCCUUGGAUCAUCCGGAAUCUGAUGGACGGUUCACUAUUUUUACAGACAAAACUGGAGUGGUAAAAGCUGCCCGGUUGCUGCUUUCUUCAGUGACUAAAGUCUUGGUGCUGGCUGACCGAAUAGUGAUUAAGCAGAUUAUAACUUCUAGGAACAAGUUUGCCUCCAGCAAUGCAAUGAAAUAUCAAGAUGAAACAAAACUCACGAAGCACGAGGAAGCAGCAAAUGGCUCCAGCCCGUGGGGGCAUUUAGAAAAUAGAAGUCGAAAGAUUGUGGUGAAGAGGGUACAAGGAAAGAGGGACUGUUUUGACUUGAAAUGGUUUAUUGCGUUUGAUCUGAAGGAUGAAAAGAAAAAGGCCAGAAUGGCAGCGGCUCGCGCUGUCCUCGAGAAAUGCACCAUGAUGCUUCUCACGGCUUCCAAGACCUGUCUCAGGCCCCCCGACUGUGAAUCCGCCCGCCUGAACAAAGGAGCCGUCUUUCACAGAAUGCGACUCGCCUUGGAGCAAGUCAUAGAGAUUGUAACAGACUCCCGCCCCAGUGGAGAGCACGAACCGGGGCCCGUGAGCAUCUCUGCUGGCAUCAGGGAGUUCAAGGAUAAAGUCGAAGGUCUGCGAGACGACCUUUACCUUCUGUCGAAAGAGAGUCUCCGGGCGAUGCUGCGUGUCGUCCUUGAGCACACAGAGGAUUUCACCGACUCCGCCUACACCAGCCAUGAGAACCGGGAGCGCAUCCUGGAGCUCUCCCAGCAAGCCAAGUUGCAGCUGGAGCAGCUGUUGUCGGCAUGGAUGUGUGCUCAAAGUCAGAAGAGGAGGGACGCCACAGAGGACAUGGAAGUAGCCCUGUUGAAAAUGUGUCAGUGCGUGAACGAGCUCCAUCGAGAACUCCACGGUGCAGCCACCUCCGUUGCCGCUGACCUGCUGAAAUAUCAUUCAGAUCACCUGGUCUUGAAAGCGCUGAAAGCCUCUGGAGAGGAAGGAAACAUCGAAGCCGUUGCGGAACACAGCUGCAAGCUCUCCGAGCAGAAGGAGCAGUUGCUUGAACUGUGUCGUUUGCUGAGGCACGUCUCUGGGAUGGAGCCGCUUGAAAUCACUUGCCUACACGCAGAAGACACUUUCAAGGUGACUGGGCCUCAGAUAAUUUCUGCGGCAGAGACCUUGACACUCCAUCCUUCCAGUAAGAUUGCAAAAGAGAACCUGGAGGUGUUCUGUGAGGCUUGGGAGUCUCAGCUGAGCGACAUGUUCCUGUUGCUAAGAGAAAUCAGCGAUGUGUUUGAAGGAAGACGAGGAGAGAAGCGUGCAUACCUGUCUCUGCCCAGGCCAGGGAAGCAUAAUACAAAUCUGAAGUCCUUAAAGCCAGUCCGACUUGAUAGUGAGGAACAAGCAAGACUUGGGAAAUCAGGCCUCGCCCUGUGUGAAUUGAGUUCACGUGUCAACUCUGAGAUGGAGAAAUGGGAUGACCCGGAAAAUGAGAUUGUGCGGCGUGGACAAUGCUUAUCCAGCAUGGCCUAUUCCAUGUACUUAUUUACAAGGGGGGAAGGGCUUCUGAAAACUACCCAGGAUCUAUUUCAACAAGCAGAGGCCUUUGCUGCUGAAGGAUUAAAGCUCGUCUCAGCCCUCCUUGCAUUUUCUAAUCAGUUGGAGGACGAUGACAAGCCGUUGCUUCUGCAGGAGAUCGAAAAGAUGGUCCCUGCGUAUCGGCAGCUUCAGGUCACAGCUACAGCCCACGUUCAGGGUAAAUCAGCAAUUUUUACAAAGGUGGAGGCCUGUAUUCAAGAAGCCAGGCGUAUUCUGAACGUUCUGGGCCAAGUACUGCCAUUAGGCUGCAAGUUGUUGAGAAAACACGGAACAGGAAAUGGCUACCUUAGAGGGCACCGUCCCUGGAGAGAAAACGGCUUCCAUGCCGCCACGAAAGACCGCGGCAGCCCCGCAGGGAACACCGACUCCCUUGGAAUCGAGUCUCUGAAACAACACGUAGCGGACCUCACACUUCUGGAAAACACACAUUUCUAAAGCCUUUAUUUGGAAACAGAGACAUUCCUGUAUGGGAGUGGCAUGCUAAGCCCCUCCCAGUUACUUUCUUUUGAGAACGGCGAAUCCAGGCUAGAAAUAAGCGCUUGUAACCUUUCCACAUCUGAUAGAUGUCUUGGCGCAUGGCAGUUAGCAAAAGCAACAGUCCGCUUUUAACAGCUGCAUAUUUUUGUGAUGUGAAUAUAUUUCUUUGUUCACUCAUUAAUACUGCUAUUUUUAUAAUCUUGUACGUUUGUGAAUAUUUUGCUCUUCUGCUCCAAAGAUGCUGCUGUGGAUGCCCAUACAAAGAAACUGGAUGUUCUUGGAAACACUACAUGGCAAGCGACGGGGUUUUGUACUCGGCAUGAAUGUGGGGCUAAGAUCCUACCCUCGCUGCCUAGUUUUGCUGGUAGGCUGCUUCAA